UUAAUCAUACAUGGAAGUGAUAGAGGUAAUAUUCAGGACUUGCCAAUUCAUUUUUUUCAAAACCUCUUUUGAUAUUUUUAAUUAAUUCUUGGGAUGAGAUAUUGAUGUUCAUCCCAGGCUCCCUCUGUGCUCCAAUCUAACUGAAUGGUUUCCUGAGUGACUUCAGGAACAAUUAAGUAUUGUUCACAUUGGCAUGGAUAGACUGAACUGAGCAAAGCCAGCAGCUUUCUUUUGCAGUAAUUCAGUAAAGCGUUCAUGGCAAUCCAAUAGCUUAUUGGGCUGCUCUUGUUAAAACAACCUUUAUACCAAGAUUUAUUUUUUAAUACACUUAAAUUUUCAAACUGCUAUAAUGCCAUUGAGCUAAUAUUUUAUUGGAUUAUUGUUCUAAGCCUCAUAUAUUCAUGAGAUCCAUGCUCAGUUGUAAUGAUCAUGUUGAAAUUACAAGACAAGAUUACUUAGUAACAUUCUCCUUUAUGAAGCAAAGGUACCUUUCCCACUGUUCUUCUAAAAGGUUCAUGCAGAAUAAAUACUCAUUGAAUACUUGUAUAGCCUCCUGCAUGUUGUGACCUCAUUGUCACAGUCACUCUUUGUUUUGCUCAACCUUACCCUCGAAUGCCCGAGGGCAGUGCUACUUUAUUAUAUGUGGAUGCACUCUUUAGAAAUUAAAGAAAAAUGAUGGAACACCAGAAUAAUUUUCUUCUUAGUAGCCAAAGUAAUGUUUCCAGAUAACAUUGCAAGAAAUGUCCAGAAGAUAGCCUGAAGUGAUAAACCUGUAACAAUCACAUAAGUGCUUUCAAUAGCUCUGGUGAAAGGUUCACAUUGCUUGUUGGCAUCAAAGAUGCUAGGAUUAUUUAUCAUCUGGCAACUCCAGUGAUUGAGCACCCGAUAAUCACCAAACGAUCCUGCAACAUAUGUGACCCUUAUUCAAAUAUUUGUUAAUUGUUUUAAAUAGUUCUGGUGCUCACCAAAACACCCAUUGAAUGUGAUCAAUCCACUAGGGUAGGAGACUGAUUCAGAUUGUUUAUUUUGCCUGUCUGUAAUGGGACCAUUUGGAUGGUGGGACAAAAUAAACAUUCUCAGCUCUUCAAUUUUCUAUUUGUCCAGAUAAUCCAAUCACAGGCAUUGCAAGUAAAAUGUUGAAACAGAGCCAACAUGUGGGGCAUUAUACAUUUAGUACAAGGACAAACCAUGCGACUAACCAUGGGAUUGAAAAUAAAUCAAUACUUUUUUUGAAAAGUUACGUUUCAUUCCUUUACCUGAAAGGAGUGAUAUAAUUAUUUUAUGGAUUUCUGUUAUACAGUAGUUAAAUAUUACAAUGAUCACUAAGAUCAUUUGGCAGGCAGAAACAUUGUGGUCUAGCACGUGAUUCUUCGUCAUUUAACUUACUAAGAGUAGACUUCGGCCUCUGUCAUGAUGUAUAUAACCCAAGUGGUAUGGGAUGUGAAUAAAGACUCAGUAUUACAGCAUUCUCCAUCAGUCUUUUAGCAGCUAGCGUCUGGUGAGCAGAAAAGUCAACGAUUCAAUAACUGUAUUAUCUAUUCUUACAAAUAACAUUCAACAUUUGUUUAAAAUACUUAGGAUGUUGCCUCUCACUUAUUUUGGUGUUCACUUUGCAUCCUAUUUGUCUUCAUAUCAGUGAAAUUUAAUAGCAACAUCGAGUUCAUCCUGGGUUAAAGAGUAUUAUUUGCUUUCUGUUUGUAGUUCCCUCCCCCUCCCCCAGUCGAAUAAUUUCGUCUUGGUCCUGACGUUGGGGGGACAAAAUUGACAUCGCUGAUAUGCGGCUGAACGCCAGACCCGGGUUGGGAGAUGGCCAGACCAUGGCUCCUCGGCCGGAAUUGGACGGCUCCCAGGGCAGUCCUGGAACUAGCGAACUCGAGACUAACGCCAAGCCAGCGGUGAGCGGAACCAAUGAGAAACCGGGCUUGCUUCCCGCUUCGUCGACCAUCGCCCUGGUAGGGAACGAACCGGAGGAUCCCUGGGCAGUGUCCAAACUCGAGGUCGCUGGUGUCAAGUGGUCAGAGCUGAGUGCCGCGCAGAAGGUUGUCCGUGUGCUGACGGCGGUGCUGAAACUGGCGUUACUUCUUGGCUUCCUCUAUGUGUUUGUGUGCUCAUUGGACAUCCUGAGCUCGGCUUUCCAGCUUGUGGGAGGUAAAGCUGCCGGGGAUAUCUUCAAGGAUAACGUGGUCCUGGCAAACCCGGUGGCCGGUCUGGUGAUCGGGAUCUUGGUCACGGUUCUGGUGCAAAGUUCCAGCACCUCCUCCUCCAUCGUGGUCAGCAUGGUGUCCUCUGGCUUGAUGGGGGUGCGAUCCGCCAUCCCCGUGAUCAUGGGAACGAACAUCGGCACCUCAGUCACCAACACCAUCGUGGCUUUGAUGCAAUCCGGAGACCGGACUGAAUUCAGAAGAGCUUUUGCAGGCGCAACUGUGCAUGAUUUCUUUAAUUGGCUCUCAGUUCUUGUCCUCCUACCAAUUGAAGCAGCCUCUGGCUAUUUGUACCAUCUCUCUCGAGUCAUUGUCGAAUCAUUUGAUCUCAAGAGUGGUGAGGAUGCUCCAGAUAUGUUAAAAGUCAUUACUGAUGACUUCACUAAACUUAUUAUACAGCUGGAUAAAUCUGUGAUAAAUGAUAUAGCAAUGGGAGAUCCAGCAGCAGCCAACAAAAGCCUUAUUAAGGAAUGGUGUAAAACAGUAACUCAAAUGGUAGAGAAAAAUGUAACUGUUUCCAGUGAAUACAACUGCACGUCACCUGAAUUUUGCUGGAGUGAUAACAACCACACUUGGACUCUGAAAAAUGUAUCAGAAACAAUAAACCUUGAAAAAUGUCAUCAUCUAUUUGUGAAUACAACCUUAUCAGAUUUAGGGGUUGGUCUAAUCCUUCUUGCAGCCUCUUUGAUUGCCCUGUGUACCUGUUUGAUACUUAUUGUUAAACUUCUGAACUCCAUGUUAAAAGGACAAGUUGCUGCAGUUAUUAAAAAAGUUAUUAAUACUGAUUUCAAAUUUCCAUUUGGUUGGUUAACUGGCUAUAUAGCCCUUGCAGUGGGAGCUGGAAUGACUUUUAUUGUUCAGAGCAGUUCCAUUUUUACUUCAGCUCUUACUCCAUUAGUUGGAAUUGGUGUAAUAACUAUUGAGCGAGUUUAUCCCCUCACACUGGGUUCCAAUAUUGGUACAACUACAACAGCUAUUAUAGCUGCUCUUGCUAGUCCAGGAGAAACCUUAGCUAACUCCCUGCAGAUAGCCUUGUGCCACUUCUUUUUCAAUAUUUCUGGAAUCCUAAUUUGGUACCCUAUACCAUUCAUGCGUAUUCCAAUUCGCCUAGCUAAAGCAUUGGGAACUUGUACUUCCAUGUACAGGUGGUUUGCAGUUGCCUACUUGAUCAUUUGCUUUUUAUUGAUCCCUCUAAUUAUACUUGGGCUCUCAAUGGCUGGUUGGCAGGUACUGGCUGGCGUAGGUAUUCCUAUCUUGAUGAUGAUAAUCAUCAUAAUUGUUAUCAAUCUUAUGCAAACAAAGUGCCCAAGGUUCUUGCCAAAGACACUACAAACCUGGGACUUUCUUCCAAUUUGGAUGCAUUCCCUGAAACCUUGGGACAGAAUAGUACAGCAUGCUACGAUAUGUUGUUCCACUCAGUGCUUUGGAAAGUGUAAGUGUUGCAAGACUGGUGUUAAAAGUAGUGAUAGAGGAGAAAAACAAACACUUGAGGUUUAUGAAAAUCCAGUAAUCCUAGAGAAUGAAAAACAAGAUAUAACAACAUUUCCAGUUAUGGAAAAUGAGACAAAAAAUUUUUCAACAAAUAUAUAGAAACAGAAUAACUGGCAGAAUAGCUAAAAUAUGCCUUCAUGUAGUUGUACAGUAUUUUUUAAAAGAUUAACCUGCAUCAGUUUCAAUCACUUCUGGUAUCCUGAAUGGUUAGUGUUGUUAAUAAAAUGUCUGCCAGAAGUGAUUCCUUCAACAAUUUAUUUUGGGUUGCAUUCGUGAAAUUUAUAUUCAAUUGUUGCCCUCAAGUCUAUUAGAUGAACAUGCAUAACUUGAUAUAUUUUAAAAUGCAAAAUAUUUUUUUAAAUUAGCACUAUGUAGAUCGUUAUUUUGUGCUCUGUAAAAAGUAGUCUUACUGAAGUCAAACUUCAUUUUUUGUGAUGCUUCACUUUUUAUGAUAUUUAGUGGGGACUCAUAGUUGCAUAUUGCCAAAAGAUGACAAUAACAUGAAAAUAAAUAGUGCAUUGCAGGGAAUUACAUUUUUAUGUAAGAAAAUAGCUUUUGGACUUUAUGAUGUGUGUGCCUGCAAUAAAAAGAAAACUGAACUGUGAAAGGGGAGCGGUGGAGAGCAAACAGGUGAAUAGAAAAGCUUCAAUACUUUUUGGACUAAUUGGCAGAAAGGAUGUAAUAAACUGUGAACCUUUGUGGAUAGUUCUUUCACAUAUGGAAGAUGAUUCAUAGUACAAUGCGGCCAAACCAGUGUCAAUUUUGUAUAGAACACUGGGUAAGAACAUUAAGCCACCAGUGACAAAUUCAGGAUUUUAUAUAUAAAUUACCCAAGGUCAAGUUCCAACAAUGUUUGAGGAUGCAUCAAGCAUCUGUUGGAUUGUGCUAAAAUAAUAAUCCUGACUUGCAGACUUCACAAUGUGUUGUUCCAUUCACUUGCAAGCAUUCCACAAGUAGAAUUACUAUGAUGUGCCUUUCUGAAAUAAUUCCAUUACUAUUCUGGUCAGUGCUUGAGCCUUUGAGAUUUGCAAAUGCUAAUGAUUAUUGAGGGAUUGAACAUGUACUUCACAUUUGUUUAGAUAAUAUUUUAUGGAGCGAUGUUUCUGAAGUUUUAUUAUAAACUUACAUAAGAUCUUGUAGCUUUUAUAUCAAAACAACAGUUUCUUGAAUACAGUUUCAGGUUUAUAGUCUGAAACUUUAUCUGACUCAGAACCCUCUUGUUACCACUCUAUGAGUUACAACAGCUGUGCAAUGACCUAUUACGACAGAGAUGUAAACAGUGGGAUGACUUCUGUCCAAUAGGACAUUGGACCAUACAAAAUAGCCACACAAAAAUAAUCUUGCAAAGCUCUGGGAGUGAUUGAUUAAGAAAGCACAAUGGGAUAAAAAAAGCUCUUUAAAUUUUAAAUUUGUCAGGAAUUGUAAAAGACACGAUAUAAAAACCCACUCCAUAUAUACUAAAUGUACAUUUAUGUUUUUUUAUUGUGUAUAAUUUAUGUAUUGAAUGAAUAACUGCCUAAAUAUGUACUGUCAGUGUGA